GGAAUUAAUCUACUACACUAAGCCGGGAUCACCUCCGUGUUCUGCAUCUCGAGUAUCCAGAUUUCGUGCUCGCAACGGCAGCACUUCCGAACGUCUGAUGCGAUAAUGCGGCACAGUAAAAUGGCACUUACUCAUAAGAACUAAAUAGUAACCUACGGGCACCGGUCUCCUGAGAACUUCCGUCGUAAUUAUCUACUCACCUCACAUUGUCAAUUUAUCUUACCAUCGGCAAAGGCGUUACAUUUCGGUUGCUCUACAUGACCGUCAAUACUGCUGAUAUUAAAGGUCAAAAUGCCAUCUCUCAUUGCAGCCUUUCUUGGCACUCUAUCACUGGCGUCAGCAGGAAUCUUACCGACUGGGAAUAAGACAACCAUCAUCGAGAGAGAUGUUGUAAUUCUAGGUGGAGGUGCUUCCGGUGCUCAUGCAGCCGUGAGGCUCCGUGAAGACUACAACAAGACAAUUGUCAUCGUAGAGAAACAGAACCGCAUAGGUGGCCAUGUCGCAACCUUCACGGAUCCCGAGACAGGGAACUCAUAUGACUUUGGUGUCAAUUCAUACACAGAUUACGACGGAGCCCGUGACUUCUUCGCCCGCUUCGACGUUCCCGUACAAACUCCAGCGAGACAGACAUUGACGACCACAUACGCCGACUUCAGCACGGGAAAAACCACCAACUACUCUUUGCCGGCUUCUGCGGACGCUACAGCUACCCUCAAAGCCUGGCUCGAGCAGUGUGAGAAGUACGAAUCGUACAUUAUUCCCUCCUACGCAGACUUCCCAAACACGACCGUUGGGGUUCCUGAAGACCUGACUCUCAAAUUCUCCGACUUUGUCGACAAGUACAAUUUGCAGGCUGCUGUCCCUCGCAUCUUUCAGACCACCGGCCUUGGACUGGGCAAUAUCGCCGACCAGAUAACCCUUGAUGUGAUGCAGGCUUUCGGCGCACCCAUCACCCGGUCGUUCUUGGGGACAGUCGGCUCCUUCGUGCCUGUAUCCAGGCGAAAUCAAGAGAUCUACGAUGCUAUUGCAGACCUUCUCGGGGACGAUGUCCUGUACUCAUCUACAGCUAUCAAUACUUCCCGUACCGAAGACGGCGUCGAGGUUCUUGUCCGUGGUUCAGAUAACAAGCAAACGCUGAUUCGAGCUAAGAAGCUUCUCAUCUCCUUCGAGCCUACGAUUGCCAACUUCAACGGCAUCGAUAUCAGCGACGAGGAGACAGCCGUCUUCUCAAGAUGGGAUUGGACUACCGUUUAUGUCGGCGUCGUCUCUCACCCUUCUCUGCCCAUCAGCUACUCACUCACGAACAACGUCCCCACCAACUGGAUCUCCCUUCCCGAGACCUCCUUCGUCGGCCGCUUUGACUACCUCGGUGACGACAACUUUCGCGUGCUCAUCACUGGCUCCUCCGACUACGAUAGUACUCAGGCGCAAGCGCUGGUCAGGAAGUCGCUCAAGUUGCUAGCUGAUGCGGGCACGAUCCCGAGCCUCGGCACUGAGGAGCUCAAUUUGAAGGCCUGGUCCGAUCAUGGCGCCAUACAUCUGCGUGUAUCUGGCGCUGAGCUGGCAGCUGGUCACAUCACCGAGCAGUACGCUCUUCAGGGCCAGAGGAGUACAUACUACACGGGAGGUGCGUGGUCUGCGCAGUUCACCACCAUUUUGUGGGAGUAUAACAACCAAUAUCUCCUGCCAAAGCUGCUGGCGGAGUUCUAGGAGAGUAAAUUGCUGCAGCAAGAGGGUAAGACAUGAGGUAAAGGCACCCAUCGUCUACAACUACCUUACCGAUAAUGGAUGAUAAUGAAUCAGACUAAAAUUUAGAAGGCAAGGAGGCAAACCCAUAGCCAACAAGUCUUUCCCGUGCUGAAUGUCAAGAACUUCGAGGGUUGGUAGAGUUUAUCUGAUGCUGGUGGUUUCCACAAUAUGGUGAACCGAAUCACUAUCCUCUUUUAUAA